AAUGCCCAAGGAGCCCGCUGCCGUCGGUGUCCAGUUGGCUUGGUGGUCGUCGCCGUCGUCGUCGUCGUCGUUGUCAUCGUCCUUGCAGUGACAAAUUUCCUUGCAUAUCCGCUCGAGGACUACGAAACUUUGGCUGCAAACAAAACCGUCAUUUGCGUGGCGCGUCGCUGUCGCGUUCACUUGUCGCAUAUCCGUCGCCAUUUUGACAAUAAUUUCAUUUCCGGUCGCCAAUUUGUACGCACUUGAGUGAGUGAUUAACUGCACCGAUUCUUAACGAUUGUGAAGUGUUUACGAUUACCCAAGUUGUUACUUUACUUUGUCCCGACGGAAGUCUGUGAGAUAGUCAAAGAGGAGUCUUAUUUUUGGAUAAACUUAAUUGCACAUACAGGCACAAUCCUGAGAGUCAAGUGGAACCCCUUGUUUAGCCAACAGCCACCCAUCGAGGCUCCCCAGGCGUGCGCCAUGUACGAGAACUCCUGUUCGUAUCAGACGGCGCUGGACCUGAAGCGAGUAUCGCCGCCGACUCUCGCCCAGGUGAAGACGGAGGAGUGCCUGACGCUUGGACAGUGCUCGCCGGACUGGACCUCGUACCGCUUCCAUCAGUCCACCUUCGAGCAGCUGAAGCAGAGUGUGGAGAAGGCCAAGGCGGCGCUGCAGGAUCGCAGCAGUUUUUUCGGGGCCAGCAGUGCCUUCAGCGACAUCUACUCGAGCCAGCGCCUGACGGACUCCCUGGACACCCUGCCCGUUCAGUCCGGGAACGGAGCCGGCAAUUGCCUCGGCCUCCCACACAAUCCCAAUGUCGGAGUGGGCGUGGCCGGAGUGCUGAACUACAAUGCGGUUAGCAGCAGUACGGCCGGAGUGCUGAGCAGCAGUGGGAACAGUGUGCAGAGACACCGGUUGGACACACUGCAGCCGCCAUCCGGGUGCUCACCAGCCGUCACCCAGCACGGCGUCAUCACGUCCAGCGCCGGACAGGUGACGUCCGGCACUCUGGAUGCGGUGAGUGCCGCUCCAGCACUUCCAUCGCUAACUGCGUCCAGCUCCUCGCAUGUGGAGCACAAAGUCAGGGCAGAUAAAUCCACGUUGGACUGCGCCACCACAUCCACGCAUGCGGCGGCGCCCUCAUCCUCGUCCUCCGCCAGCGACCAUCAGCAGGGCAGGAUCAGUGGCAGCAAGGGCAGCACCACCAGUGCCGCCGGAGGAGGGGCAUCCGCAUCAGGAGGCGGCGGCUCUGCACUGUAUUCCUCGUACAAAUCGUCGUGGGGCUCCCACAGUUCGACACAAUCGCAAGGUUACAGCUCGAACGCCCUGGGCAUCAAACAUGAUCCGCACUCACAACUACGGCAACCUGAUCCAUAUCAAAUGUUCGGACCCACCAGCAGCAGACUGGCCAGUUCAGGCUCGGGCCAAAUCCAGCUGUGGCAGUUCCUCCUCGAGCUGCUCUCGGACUCCAACAACGCCAGCUGCAUCACCUGGGAGGGCACCAAUGGCGAGUUCAAGCUCACCGAUCCCGACGAGGUUGCUCGCCGCUGGGGCGAGAGGAAGUCCAAGCCCAACAUGAACUACGACAAGCUCAGUCGCGCCUUGAGGUACUACUACGACAAAAACAUAAUGACCAAGGUGCACGGCAAGCGGUAUGCGUACAAAUUCGAUUUCCAAGGCCUGGCAGCUGCCACUCAGCCGGCAGCCAGCGAUCCCACCUACAAGUAUCAGAGCGACUUGUUCAUGACACCAUAUCACCACAGCGCCAAGCUCAGCUCGUUCAUGAGUCCGCAUCAUGGCAUGACCUCAUCCUCGGCCUCGAUCUUCCCGUCGGCCGCCUCGUGGGGCAACUGGGGCAGUCCGGCCACGAAUCUCUACCAGCCGCACUCGAUGAGCCACGUGACCCCCUCCCACGUAGCGCCCCACCUGAGCAGCUAUCCCCACUACGCAUGA